AUGCAUGACGCAGAUGCCUGGCUGCUGCGCCACCUGUGGCCGGAGCUGGCACCGCUCACGCUGGGUGCCGGCGCGCUGGCCAUCGCAAGUUUCGUGAACUUCCGGACCGGCGCGCAGCUCAAGCAGGCCAUCGAGAGUGCCGAGGAAGGCCGGUCUUCGACGCGCAGCCUUUUGCUUUUCGGCCUGGGGGCUUUGGCAGGCUGCGUGAGGACCAUCAGCUUCGACAGCACUUCGGAGCGCCUCCGUGCCUCCAUGGCCGUGGAGGUCUUCGCCGCCCGGCUCUUGGAGGAGCCGCAGGUUUCCUCCCAGGGGGAGGCCUCGGCCUCCCAGGAGCAGAGGGCCUCCGUCUCCGUGGCCUCGAUGGAGAGCGACGUGGCCCUCUGCGCGGACUUCAUCUUGAAGCUCCAGAACUUGGUCCGCUACACGUCUUCGAUCGUGGGCGGGACAGUGACCAUGUUCCGUGCAUCCUGGAAGCUGAGUGCAGCUGUGUGGCCCCUCCUGGUCACCGGCGCCCUGCACGGAGCCCGGGCCGGCGCCAAGCGCUCUGCGAAGUCCGCGGAAGCCCUGGCAGCGACCCGGGAGGAGGCCUCGGCCUUUGCGGAGGAGCGGCUGCAGCACUUGGACCUCGUCCGAUGGUUCUGCCGUGCGGAGGAGGAAGCCAAGCAGUUUGGCAAGCUCUGCGACGCCUCGGUGGCCAUUGCCUCGCGGUCUGCGAGGGUCCGUGGAGCCUCCCACCUGGUGCUAGACUGGGCAGCGAAAUCUGUGCUCCUCGGACUGGCUUCUCUGGGGUCGCAGCUGGUCGCCCGCGGCGAGCUUACCGCUGGAGAGCUGACCUCCUACUUCUUCCAUGCAUCCUUUUUGGGCCUGGGUCUUUACGGCCUCGUGGGCCUCAUGCCGGAGGUCGCCGUAGCACGUGCGGCAGCUCGGAGAUUAGCCGGCGUUGUGGCGGCUGGGCGCAGGAAGGAGGCCAAGGCUGCCGACUCCACAUCUCUGUCAAAACCGCUGGCACCGCUGCCGCUCUCCUUCGAAGAUGUCCACUUCAGGUACUCGGAGGCGGAGGUCUUGUGUGGCUUCUCGCUGCAGCUCGCUGCGGGUGAGACUUGUGCUCUCGUGGGCUUAUCGGGAUGCGGAAAGACGUCCGCCCUUCGUCUGCUCUUGCGGGAUUUCGAGUCCUCCUCGGGCAAGAUCACGCUAGGUGGGCAGCUCGUGCAGAUGCUGGAUCUCGCUCAUGUCCGGACGCUGAUCUCCGUGGCGCCGCAGGCGCCAGCACUGCUGGGCACCAGCGUGGCCAGCGCCAUCGCGUUUGGAGCCAGCGGUGAGGCAAGCAAGGAGCAGAUCGAGGCGGCUUCCAAAGCGGCUUCGGCCCACGACUUCGUGAAGUGCAGGCCGCAAGGAUACGAGACGCCAGUUGGAAGAGGAGGAGAGCUCUUGUCCGGUGGCGAGCGACAGCGGCUGGCCCUGGCAAGGGCGCUGAUUCGGGAAGCGCCGAUCUUGCUGUUGGACGAGCCCACGUCCGGACUGGAUGCAGCGACUGCCUCGGCUCUGGCGCAGGCGGUCCUGUCUCCACGCCCCAGCCGGCCCACGACGCUGAUCGCAACGCACAGCCUUGCCUUGAUCCGGAGCUGCGAGACUGUGGCGGUGGUUUCGGGCGGCCGCGUCGUGCAGCGCGGCAGCUUCUCCGAGCUGAUCACCGAUUCCUCAGGGCACCUUGCGCAGAUCAUGAGGUCUGGGGAGCUCGAAGAGACCUAG